CCAACAUGGGGAGGUGGAACCAAGGGGGUGGAACCAUUCACUGCAGGUACACAUGACGUACAGAUCAGAGCUCACAACAGUUUCAUCUACGAGGAAGUGAAACUCAGUCAGUCGCUGCUGCUCAGAGGAGAAAAUGGCUCAGAAAGGAGUUCACCUGGACCAAGAAACCUUCUCUUGUUCCAUCUGUCUGGAUCUACUGAAGGAUCCGGUGACUAUUCCCUGUGGACACAGCUACUGUAUGACAUGUAUUAAUACCCACUGGGAUGGAGAGGACCAGGAGGGAAUCCACAGCUGCCCUCAGUGCAGGCAAACCUUCACCAUGAGGCCUGUUCUUUUGAAAAGCACCAUGUUAGCAGCUUUAGUGGAGGAGCUGAAGAAGACUGGACUCCAAGCUGCUCCUGCUGACCACCACUAUGCUGGACCUGAAGAUGUGUCCUGUGAUUUCUGCACUGGGAGGAAGAGGAAGGCUGUCAAGUCCUGUUUGGUUUGUUUGGCCUCUUUCUGUGAGAAUCACCUUCAGCCUCACUAUGAUGUACCUCCAAUGAAGAAACACCAGCUGGUGGAGCCCUCCAAGAACCUCCAGGAGAACAUCUGCUCUCGUCAUGAUGAGGUGAAGAAGAUGUUCUGUCGUACUGAUCAGCAGUCUAUCUGUUAUCUCUGCUCUGUGGAGGAACAUAAAGGCCACGACACAGUCUCAGCUGCAGCAGAAAGGACUGAGAGGCAGAAAGAGCUGGAGGUGAGUCGACUGAACAUCCAGCAGAGAAUCCAGGACAGACGGAAAGAUGUGAAGCUGCUUCAACAGGAGCUGAAGGACAUCAAGGUCUCUGCUGAUAAAACAGUGGAGGACAGUGAGGAGAUGUUCAGAGAGCUGAUCCAUCUGAUCCAGAACAGAAGCUCUGAGGUGGAGCAGCAGAUCAGAUCCCAGCAGGUGAUUGAAGAUAGUCGAGUCAAAGAGCUUCAGGAGAAGCUGGAGCAGGAGAUCAGGGAUCUGGAGAGGAAAGACGCUGAGCUGAAGCAGCUCUCAGAUACACCAGAUCACAGCCAGUUUCUCCACAACUACCCCUCAGUGUCAGCACUCAGUGAGUCCACACACUCAUCCAGCAUCAGCAUCCGUCCUCUGAGACACUUUGAGGACGUGACAGCAGCUGUGUCAGAGCUCAGAGGUAAAGUAGAGGACGUUCUGAAGGACACCUGGACAAACAUCUCACUGACAGUCACUCAGCCAGACGUUUUACUGUCAGAACCAGAACCAGGACCAGAACCAGAACCAGGACUAGAACCAAAGACCAGAGCUGGAUUCUUAAGAUAUUCAUCUGACAUCACUCUGGAUCCAAACACAGCAAUCAGAUAUCUGGUUUUAUCUGAUGGAGACAGAAAAGUAACAGGAGUGAAAAAACAGUCUUAUCCUGAUCAUCCAGACAGAUUCAGUUAUUGGUGGCAGGUUCUGAGCAGAGAGAGUCUGACUGGACGUUGUUACUGGGAGGUGGAGAUGACAGGAAGUGGAUUUAAUGUAGCAGUCUCAUACAAGAGCAUCAGCAGAGUGGGGACAUGGACAGAGUGUUAUUUUGGAUGUAAUGAGAAAUCCUGGGCAUUAGAAUAUACUAACAACAGUUUUAGCUUUUGGUUCAACAGCACUAAAACUCCUGUCUCAGGUCCUCAUUCCUCCAGAGUAGGAGUCUACCUGGAUCACAGUGCAGGUAUUCUGUCCUUCUUCAGCGUCUCUGAAACCAUGACUCUCCUCCACAGAGUCCAGACCACAUUCACUGAGCCGCUACAUGCUGGACUCGGGCUUUAUAAUUAUGGAGACACAGCAGAGAUCCUUAAAGUGAAGUAGAGCCACACAGGUGAUGAGUUUAAGGAUCUGUUUCUUUCUGAUCUGCAGCUCAUUUCUCUGCUGUUUCCUCUGAUGUUCUGGUGUAAAGCGUGGUUCUAACGUAGAGACGGUGUGAAAACGCUGCAUGAAGAACAUGUGAAAGUUCUGACCUUAGAAGUGGAAGUUAGUCUGAGGUUCUGCAGACACAUUUAAUCAGUGAAUCAUUAAAUUUCAUUGACAGAACUCCAGAGGAUGGAGUCAGAAAAGCUUCUUCUUCAGGGGAACUUUUCUGCUUUCAUUCCCAGAUGGACGUUUGUUGAUCAUCAGCAGAGAUCACGGCUGAGUGACGCUCUGAUUAUAGAGACUAAUGAUGAACUGGAUGGAAGCUUUCUUUUCAUGGUUGUUUCACUUUAUUCAGGGAAAAUGUACAAUCUAAAAUGGUUUCAUUCUGUUGGUCUGGAUGCCUGUUGUGUUUUUAAAAUAUAUAUUCUCUGUGAUUUUAAAGUGAGAAAAAGCAGAAAAUGUGAAUGUUUGACAUGAACUUCCUGUUUAAUGUCUGUGUUUGGUGGUAGAUCCAUCAGCUUUAUAAUGAGAUGUAUGCUGGCUGUUCAUCUGAACAUUUAUGCUUGUUUUUAUGAUUUUUCAUUUAAUCUGAUCAAUAUGAGGGUUUGUUCAUUAGGAGUUAUUUGGCAAAGGUGUUUGGAGGUAAAAGGUGUGAAUUAUAAAUGUCAUAAUAAAUAAUAAAAACAAGAAAAAAAGAAAAAGUCUGGCU